AUUUUUAAAAGCAUGAAGAAAUUAUUAUAUUCAUUUAUGCUUCUUCUAUUAUUAUUAUUAUUUCAUCCAAUCAUAUCAGAUGCGGCACCUUCUACGAUAAAUCAAAAUUCAACUUUAUCUUCUAAUACAACAACAUCAGUUCGACCUACUUACAAUAUUGGUAUCUUAUUUCCAAAUGCAUCCGAUGUACGAAAUAUUGAUCCAGCUCUCAAUAAUAUGAUCGUUACAAGUGAAAUAGCUAUUCAAUUAGCUCAACAGCAUAUAGCGGAAAUGAAUUAUUUACCUGAUGUACAACUUAACUUUACUCGAUAUUAUUCUACUGAAUUCAAAGGUGGAUUGACUUCUUGGACAACAACUCGAAUGAUAGAAGAUGGUAUCAAUGCUGUUAUUGGUGAUAUGGUAUCGAACAUUACAGAAAUAUCAGCAGGGCUUACAGGUUUAUUUCAAAUCCCUCAAUGUUCUUGCGCAGCUUCAUCGUUGGAUUUAUCAGAUAAAGCAAACUAUCCUUACUUUUUUCGAAGUAUGGGUAAUGUGGUAGUUUAUGGUGCUGCUCUUAUGGAAUGGAUACGACAAAUGAACUGGUCCAUGUUUGCUUUAGUUUAUACUGAUGACGAUGUUGGUCAACAAAUCUUGACAUCUAUGCUCUCAAAAUCUUACGAAUAUAAUAUUACACCUAUGACCCAAAUCCCUUUGUACGACUUGGGUCAAGACGAAAUUUCUAGUUCUCUUCAACAACUUGGAACUACUGGUGCUAGAAUUAUUAUUGUAGCCGAUUCAAAUCCUGGAAAUCAAAUAUUAAUAUUACAAGCUGCUAGGUCAAUGGGUAUGCUUUCAAAAGGGUGGGUUUGGAUGCUUACAAACGAUCUGUCAGAAGCGCUAUCUGAAUCCAUUGAUGCACAAGAUCUGGAGGAGUUUGAUGGUCUCAUGUUCAUAAGCGGUUUAUGGAACUUAACUGAUGUAUCUGCCUAUAACGAUCUCUAUGCUUUAUGGCAACAACAACCUAUACCUAGUAACUAUGUGGAUCCAUCUCAAUUUAGUACACUUGGUUUAAGUUACAAUGCACCAAAUGCUUACUCGUGUGCAGAACUAUUGGCUCUCGGUCUUAACAAGGCACUGAAUCAAUACCCAGGUGGACGACAACAAGGCCUUCUAGACUUGUCAACACAUAAUUUCAAUAGUACACCCAUGACACCCACGUUUUAUAACAUGAAUUAUACAGGACCUGCUGGACUAAUGGCAUUUACAGCAACUGGUGAUCAGAAAACCGGGCAUUUUGAACUUCAAUAUAUGAAAAAUGGUACAAGUGUGGCAUUUGCUGAAAUCCGUGAUGGUGUGUAUAAACCUUUUCCAGAUGUCCCCAUUUUAUAUCUUGGAAGUACUAAUCAAUGGCCAGCAGAUAUGGCUACUCGAUUGUCAUUGAAUCCAAAAUCAUCAGAAGUAGCAGGUCUUGUUAUCUAUGUCAUCGCUAGUGUCGGAAUCGUUCUCUGUCUUAUCAUGUUUAUCUUGAUUGUUUGUUAUCGUGAUCUCAAGAUGGUACUGGUAUCAAGUCCUAUAUUCCUUUGUCUCCAAUUAUUGGGUAUUUCCCUAUCUUACAUUUCGGUGAUUCUAUAUGUCAAUAAGGUAUCUGUUGCUACUUGUAUCGCAAGGCAACUUACUUUGGUGAUCGGGUUUAUCUUGGUGAUCGGCAGUAUUAUUGCAAAGAAUUAUCGUGUUUAUCGAGUAUUUCAAAAUGUCUUCACUUUACAAGCUUCAAAACUCAAAUCGAUUUACUUGUUAAGGCUUAUUGGUAUUUUUGGUCUGAUUGCUCUUGCUCCUUUGAUUGCUUGGUAUGCCUUAUAUCCUGUGGUGGUUACUAAUCAUAUGGUCACUAUGAACACUUAUUGUAUAAUCUGUGCCUAUCCAACCUCAAACAAAGCUGUUGAUUGGACUCAUUUGAAUAUUGCCGAACUGAUUUCUGCCAUUGUUUGUUUUAUUAUGAGCUUGGUGUCUGCUCUCUUGGCAUGGAAGACUCGAAGAAUAAGUAGCAAAUGGUCAGAAUCACAACAAAUUGGAUACGUUAGUUACAAUACUGGACUGGCGACCAUUGUAGCAGCACCUGCCUUUUUUCUAUCUCUCGAUCAAUAUCAAGUGGCAAUCUAUCUUAAACUUGCCGCUAUCCUUUUCUCUGCCACUUUUACAUUCCUUGUGUUAUUCUUACCAAAAAUGGUAUUUAUCUGUAAAUACAUGACGACUCAACAUUGGUUCAAUUUUUGGCGUAUAUACCCUCAUCAACAUCGACAUCAUCAUAAACAACAUGAUAUGGAUAGUGAUCGUUAUGGAAGCUGCAGUGAAUUGACUAGUGCUUUUCGAUUUGAAACACAAUCUGAUUCCAAUGCUCAUAAUGCUCUGGUGGCCAAAAAUUUGUUGGAUUUUACUGUCAAGGCACAUGAAGGCGUUUUACCUGUCAAGAAAAGGGCAAGGUUCCAUUUUAUGUCUAUAUGGCAACUCAAACAUGUCGUAGUAAUUCCUUCCAAGCAAACGUUUAUGUUGAUGACUACGAUGGGACAUAAAGCUGAAUAUCAUCGUUAUGUAUCAUGUCAAGGAAUGCCAAGAAAUAAUACUGGACGAUUUAUCUUUUGUGUAUGGACUGACAAGAAUAUUCAACUUUAUUUCCAAGUAUAUGAUAGAGAAGCCCUUACAAGAUGGGUGGCCUGGUUUAACGGUGAAGAUCAACCUCGAAACAAUAAUGAUAGUGAUGAACAACAAUAUGAUGAUGAUGAUGAUACGACGGAUGAUUUCAGCAGAAAACGCCAGAAAAACAAAUUACCAUCUAUAUCCACUUUAGGCGCUGCUACUUUCAAUGCCAUCACAACCAAUAAUACCUCAAUGGCCACUACAGAUCAGAAUUUGGAAAGUGUUAUUGUCCCUCAUUCACCUGUUUAUCGACAUCAAUCCAAUCAGAUAUUCCAUCAAACUCAUACAACUUCGAAUGUAGCUUCACCCAAUAGUCUCGCUGAUACAUACAACUUUUAUGGAGCACCUCAACAAGUUUAUCACAAGAAUGACAGUAAUCCGAUUUCCACUUUUGGAGCCUUCCAUCCAGAUGAUCAAAAUUCUUCUACUUAUUCAUAUUAGUUAUAGAUAUAGUUUUUAUUAUUAUUAUUAUUUUAGUAUAUACCUUCCUUUCUCUUUCCAUUCCCUCUUUCUGUACAUAUUGUUAUAUUGCUUUUUUUUUUAUAUCUUCACCUUAUCUCGUCUUGCACAUAGUGAUACAUCUCGUUUAUUCAUAUUAUUUACUAGUUAAUCAUUUGAUGAUGUUGUAACAUAAAUAAAAGUGAAAUCAAAUACCUUUGCGCCUAUAUAAAG